UCAAGUGAAAGGUAUUAGCGUGGCAACAACGAAACUGUGUACAUCCACAAUGAACAGCUGUGUGGUUAAAACUGAAAUAUCUGGACAGCACUGUAAAUUAUUUGAAAUCCCCUUAACAAUGGAUGUGGAUGACAUGUUAAUUUCUGAAGUGCGUAAUCGACCAUUUCUAUACGAUCUAUCACAUCCUGAUUACAAAAGUUUAAAGAAAAAAGAUUAUGCAUGGAGGCAUAUUGCUGUAUGCCUAAAGUUGAGCGAAAUGCAGUGCAAAAAAAGAUGGAAGAGCCUCCGUGACUCCUAUAAACGAUGCAAAAGAAUGAAGACUGAUGGUAGUUCUGAAAGUACCAGGAAAAAAUGGAGGUAUUUAGAAGCGAUGACCUUUUUGGAUAACGUUAAAGAUCAUAAGCGUAGAAUUCGAAGUUCAAGUGAAGAAAUGGACCCUAUAAGCGUAGAUGAAGCACUGGAUUUAUUAGAUGAGGAUUCAACAAACUUGUCGUUCUCGGAACCAGAAAAUUCUCCGACAAGAUCUGCAGAUGCACAUGGGCAAAGGGCAAGCGCAAGUUCUCCAUCCAGACCUUCUGAUGCACGUGGGCAAAGGGCAAGCGAAAGUUCUCCGUGCAGACCUUCUGAUGCGCGUGGGCAAUUGAAUUCGCAGAAAAAGGAAAGUGACAAGUUUAAACAGUUUUUGGAUUUGGCAAGCGCAAGCAUUUCGAACACUUGUGCGACAUUCGUGGAAAAAGCACAUAAACAGGACUCCACCGCACUUCACUUUUCCAGUUUAGCGGCGAAGAUAACAGAAGCCGGUCUAUCGCCAAAGGUAGUUAAUCAAAUAGAAGCCAAAGUAUCGGCCAUAGUGUUUGGAGAAAUUGAUAAAUUUUAUUCAGGUCAUUUAAAAUAGACGUACAUAAAUAAUAGAAAUAUGAUACAAAUUAAAUAAUUUUGAAAAUGUAUAAGCACAUAAAGUGCUUUAUUUUAAGUUAUAUAUAUGCAUUU